UAUUCAUAUUCUUCAUUGAAGAUAUUAAGUACUCAUAAUAUUAUUAGGUCGCCAUUCUAUAAUAAAUCAUGGAAGAGGAAUUGUUAUCUUCUGGAAAUAGUAAAAGUGCAAUAUCACAGUUGUGCACUAGAAUUUCUCAGAUUCACCAAAGUACUCUGGAUAAAUGGACUCCACACAGUCAUGCAAGAUGGGGUGGCACAAUUCUGCUCCUCAUACUAUUUGGUUUGCGUAUUAUUACCAAGCAGGGAUGGUAUAUAGUCACUUAUGCCCUAGGUAUUUAUCAUUUAAACCUAUUUAUAGCAUUUCUCACACCAAAAAUUGAUCCAGCAAUGGAUUUUGAUGCUGAAGAAAAUGGUCCUGAGCUCCCAACAAGAGCAAAUGAAGAAUUCAGGCCUUUCAUCAGAAGGUUACCAGAGUUUAAAUUCUGGUAUUCAGUUACAAAGAGUUCUGUAGUCGGACUAAUUUGUACCUUUUUCGAAUGUUUCAAUAUACCUGUCUUCUGGCCUAUAUUAGUGAUGUAUUUCAUCACUCUUUUCUGCAUCACCAUGAAACGACAAAUAAGACAUAUGAUCAAGUAUCGUUACUUGCCUUUUACACAUGGAAAACCAAAGUACCAGAGUCAUGAAGAGAGUGCAGGGAAAAUUAAUAUAUCUCCAAAGUGACAAAUGUUUAAUUUUUAGUUUCAUUCGAGAAUGUAACCAAAAAUGUCCAGAAUUUUUUAUACAAGGAAUGAAAUAUUGGGAGUGAACAAAUAAGAUAAAUUUUGCCAUAAAUAAUUUAAAUUCCUUCAUGUGGUGCAGUAUUGUGGUUUUAUUAUUUUUUUCAAUUUACCAUUCCCUUUAGACAACUUGAUAAUAUUAGCAGGCAGUGGCGGCUCGUGACUUUCAUGACAGAGGAGGCUGAAUGAUAUAUGAGAUUAUUGUGAAAAACAACUCUCUACUCACCCAAAUCAAAAGCUUCAAUGACACUCUGUUUACCAGUUAACCUUAACUUAAUACUUGAAGAGAUGUGUUCCUGUGAU